CGUGGGAGGGGUCGUCGUUGAAUCGUAGUUAUUAAUCAUUGCGAAUUAGUGCAUGUGUUCAAACCUGCUUAGAUCGUUGUAGAACCGGGUUUGGAGUCGUCAUACAUGGCGAACAACGGAAGAGGUGGUAAGUGCUUUGACUGUGGUGGUGACGGACAUUUCGCCCGCGAAUGCCCUUCGGCCCGAGGUAGCCAGAAUGGGGGCGGAGGAGGAGGUGGAGGGGGAGGAGGAGGAGGUGACACUCCAUUUGCGUCACGGUUUUGGACACCAAGGCGGCCACAGGAAGACGCGGAAGAAUGGGAGUUUAUCCGGCAGAUGAUUGCCGAGAAAAGGGAGGAACAAGCUAGAAAAAAGGAAUUCGAGGAGAGGAGGAAGAUGAAUGAGCUGAUUAGAUCAGAGAUCGAGAGAAACUCUGAGGCGAUAGAACCGAGGGUUAUGUCAAAAAUCGAUAGACAGUACCUAUGUGCUCGCGAUGCAGUGCGUAGGGAGGAAAUCAGAUCCCCAUUUCUUUGUACUCUCGUACGAAAGGAGAAAGAGGGGGAAGACAUGGAUUAUGCGGGUAAAGGGUUGGAGGGGAUUGAAGACGAGAUCGCCAAACUAUAUGAGAUCCGAGAGCGUAAACGCAAGGGGAAAGCGAUUUCCGGAUUGGAGGCACACAGAUUUAGACAACCGGUGUUUCACCGCGAGGAGGAUGCACCGAUGGCGGCUGAAUCGUCUAGGAUGGGGGAGGAGUGGCCGCGAACUAAGGUUGCAGCAGGAUCUGGACCGGAGGGGAUUUUGGCCUUUGUGCAAGCGCAAAGGAAACUGCUCAUUUCCAAGAACAAAGAUCAGCUGAAGACUAUCUGUAAGAAUGAGGGGGUGCAGUAUACCACGAAGGCACCCACAAUCGACAGGAUCAUUGAAGUGCGCACUAAAUGUGGCUAGGAAGGGUUUGUUCUUACCCCAGGAUCAUCGGCUCCCGCAUCUCAUGAUGAUGAGUGUACACCGAC